GCCGCCCGCUGCCCGCUGCCCGCUCCGCUAUGGAGGCGCUGGGCACCCCCUCGUACCGCCGCCUCGCCGAGAGCCGCGUCGCCUUCGGCCGCGCCGGCGCCUCCCCGUCCAGCGGCUUCCGCUCGCAGUCCUGGUCGCGGGGCUCGGCCAGCAGCGUCACCUCCUCCUACAAGCGGCCGAACGUGGGCGCGGCGCGCGGCACCUUCGGGGCCGCCGUGCUCAGCUCCGCCGACAGCCUCGACGUGAGCCAGGCCUCGCUGCUCAACGGCGCGGCCGAGCUCAAGCUGAGCCGCUCCAACGAGAAGGAGCAGCUGCAGGGGCUCAAUGACCGCUUCGCCGGCUACAUCGAGAAGGUGCACUACCUGGAGCAGCAGAACAAGGAGAUCGAGGCGGAGCUGGCCGCGCUGCGCCAGAAGCACGCGGGGCGCGCGCAGCUCGGCGAUGCCUACGAGCAGGAGCUGCGCGAGCUGCGCGCYGUCCUGGAGCAGGUGAGCCACGAGAAGGCGCAGAUCCAGCUGGACUCGGAGCACAUCGAGGAGGACAUCCAGCGCCUGCGGGAGCGCUUCGAGGAUGAGGCGCGGCUGCGCGACGACACGGAGGCCACCAUCCGCGCCCUGCGCAAGGACAUGGAGGAGGCCUCGCUCAUGAGGGCCGAGCUGGACAAGAAGGUGCAGUCGCUGCAGGACGAGGUGGCUUUCCUGCGGGGCAACCACGAGGAGGAGGUGGCGGAGCUGCUAGCGCAGCUGCAGGCGUCCCACGCCACCGUGGAGAGGAAGGACUUCCUCAAGACCGACCUCACCACGGCUCUCAAGGAGAUCCGCGCGCAGCUGGAGUGCCAGUCCGACCACAACAUGCACCAGGCCGAGGAGUGGUUCAAGUGCCGCUACGCGAAGCUCACGGAGGCGGCCGAGCAGAACAAGGAGGCGAUCCGCUCCGCCAAGGAGGAGAUCGCCGAGUACCGCCGGCAGCUGCAGUCCAAGAGCAUCGAGCUGGAGUCGGUGCGUGGCACCAAGGAGUCCCUGGAGCGGCAGCUCAGCGACAUCGAGGAGCGCCACAACAACGACCUCAGCACCUACCAGGACACGAUUCAUCAGCUGGAAAACGAGCUUAGAGGAACAAAAUGGGAAAUGGCGCGUCAUUUGAGGGAAUACCAGGAUCUCCUCAACGUCAAGAUGGCCYUGGAUAUUGAAAUUGCUGCGUACAGGAAACUACUGGAGGGCGAAGAGACCAGAUUCAGUGCCUUCUCUGGAAGCAUCACUGGACCCAUGUUCACACACAGACAACCAUCUGUCACAAUAACAAGUAAAAUUCAGAAAAAAGCUGAACCACCAAAGCUGAAGGUCCAGCACAAAUUUGUAGAAGAAAUCAUAGAAGAGACAAAAGUGGAGGAUGAAAAGUCUGAAAUGGAAGAUGCCCUGGCAGCUAUUGCAGAAGAAAUMGCAGCAAAGGCCCAGCAGGAAGAACAGGAGGAAGAAAAGGCAGAAGAGGCAGAAGCUGCAGAGGAAGAAGUUGCUCCAGAGAAGGCUGCUGAGGAAGAAGAGAAGGAAGAAGAAGCAGAAGAGGAAGAAGCUGCAAAAUCUGAUGAAGCAGAAGAAGGAGGUUCUGAAAAAGAAGAGAUAGAGGAAAAGGAAGAAGAAGCUGAGGAAGAAGGGGAAGAUGCUGAAGCCAAGGAGAAGGGAGAAGCUGAAGUGGAUGCAACCGCAGCAGGAGCAAAAGCAGAGAAGGUCAAAACCCCUCCAGCAAAGUCACCACCUAAAUCUCCUGUAACAGAGCAGGCCAAGGGAGAAGUGGGAAAGGGUGCUGAGAAGCCAGCAACACCAAAGGCAGCAUCUCCAGACAAGGCAGCAACGCCGGAGAAACCCGCAACUCCAGAGAAAGCGGCAGCCACCCCAGAGAAGCCGGUGACCCCGGAGAAGCCGGUGACUCCAGAAAAGCUCCGAUCCCCGGAGAAGCCAGUGUCUCCAGAGAAGCCGGUGACCCCAGAAAAGCUCCGAUCCCCGGAGAAGCCAGUGACUCCRGAGAAGCCGGUCACCCCAGAAAAGCUCCGAUCUCCAGAGAAGCCAGUGACCCCGGAGAAGCCAGUGACUCCAGAAAAACUCCGUUCUCCAGAGAAACCGGUGACUCCGGAGAAGCCGGUSACUCCAGAAAAGCUCCGUUCCCCGGAGAAGCCAGUGACUCCAGAGAAGCCGGUGACCCCAGAGAAACCCCGCUCUCCGGAGAAGCCAGCCUCCCCUGUCAAGGAUGAGAAGGCUGUGGUGGAAGAGACCAUCACAGUGACAAAGGUAACAAAAGUUAGUGCAGAGGUAGAGGCCUCUAAGGGGUCCAGGAAAGAAGACAUUGCUGUCAAUGGUGAGGUGGAGGAGAAAAAGGAAGAGAAGGAGGCUGAGGAGGAAGAUAAGGGAGUUGUCACCAAUGGCCUAGACGUGAGCCCAACUGAUGAUAAGGGUGAAAAAGUUGUAGUAACAAAAAAAGCAGAGAAAAUCACUAGUGAAGGUGGGGACAGUACAACCACGUACAUCACAAAGUCUGUGACCGUCACUCAGAAGGUAGAGGAACAUGAAGAAAGCUUUGAGGAGAAACUAGUGUCCACCAAGAAAGUGGAGAAAGUUACUUCACAUGCUGUAGUAAAGGAGAUCAAAGAGAGUGAAUAAAGCAAAUUAUAGCAAAAUAAAAUUCAAGAGCUUGGGUCGGUGCAAAAGGUUAAGCCAUAUGACAGCUGCAAAAUGCAUGUGAGUGACGGCUUUAAAGCAGAACGGGUUCUCUCAUGGAGGCUCCAGACACACAGUAUUUUACUUUUUUUGUGCAAUAUAGGGGAGGGGGGGAUGCAUGCAGGCUCAAGAUGUACUCCCUCCACAGAACUUGGGGAACUAAAAAAAAUAAUAAUAGUGCAUGAGAUGAAAUGUGCAAAGGAAGCUUCUGAAUUUCCUGAGCUGUUGGAGGGACAUAUCUGAGGAACGACUUAAGAUGUAUUAUGCAAAGAACCAACUGAGCCAAAAACGAAGAGAAAACAGUAAUAGUAAUAUUCAUGAGAAAAACAGAACUCUCCUAGCCUUAAAGCUACUUAUAAAUAAUUAUGUUUACCUCACUGGUGCAAUUAGGGUGGACUUUUGCUCAUGGGAGAACCUGGUUGACAUGCACAGUACGCAACC